GUGCGAAACCUGCUCCUGGGAUCUGCUUUGAGAGAGUCAAUUCUGCAGGUGAUCCUUACGGCAACUGUGGGAAAGACUCCAAGAGCUCCUUUGCGAAAUGUGAACCCAGAGAUGCUAAAUGUGGAAAAAUUCAGUGUCAAGGGGGAGCGAAUCGACCUGUAAUUGGUACCAAUGCUGUUUCCAUAGAAACUAAUAUCCCGCUUCAAGAAGGUGGCAAGAUUCUGUGUCGUGGUACCCACGUGUACUUGGGUGAUGAUAUGCCCGAUCCCGGUCUUGUGCUGUCAGGAACCAAGUGUGAAGAUGGAAAAAUUUGCCUUAAUCGCCGGUGCCAGAAUACAAGCGUUUUUGGUGUCGAUAAAUGUGCAACCAAGUGCCAUGGACGUGGGGUCUGCAACAAUAAAAAGAACUGUCACUGCGAGGCCGACUGGGCCCCCCCUUACUGUGACAAGCCAGGCUUCGGUGGCAGCGUGGACAGCGGGCCGAUUAGGCAAGCGGAUAAUAAGAGUUUAACCAUAGGAGUGUUGAUAACCACUCUGUGCCUCAUCUUUGCUGGAUCAGUCAUGUACCUGAAAAGGAAGACUUUCAUGAGGUGGUUGUUUACAAGUAAGAAGACAACAAUAGAGAAACUAAGGUCUGUGACUCCAGCGAGACCUUCCAGCUCACCUGAGCCUAACCACGUCCAUACCACGUCUCUCAGUAAAAACCUCAUCACAAAGCCACAAAAUACGAACAUACAGAAAAGAGAUGGUCCACGGAGGCCGCUGCCCUAUCAGAUCAUCGACAUCAGUAACCCCGUGAAGACCCACGAUUUGCCACCAUUAAAAACACCGCAGCGAGUCCUGCCACCCCUGCCCCAGCUGCCGUGUCACCACGCUGGGCCUGAACGACCCUUGCCAGCAACCCCUUCGCCGAGGUUCGCCCGGGAAAACCACAAACCAAACCCUCCUCGCAAGCCCCUGCCGGCCGACCCUCUGACCAAGGCGCGCUGCAGCAGCACGUGCCCAGCAGCGCCCGGGCACGCCAGAGCUCUGCCUCACGUCACUCCCGCCAGACCUGCUCCGAAGCAUCCGCCACAGGUAUCCCGGUCCCGCAACGCCGCUGAUGCGAACUGA